UCAUGAUGAUUGCUCGUUUACAUGCCAUGUAUCAGCGAUCCAGAAACGUGCUGACAUUUCUUGUUGUCAUCUUCCUGAUUGUCAACGUCGCCAACGGAGUGCUCGCGGGAAUAAUAAUGAAGAAUGUUUCAGGGGAGGUAGUCGUUCUCUCAGGCAUGUAUCAGUGCAACGUUAGCUUUGUAGGAGACAGCGUACUCCUGUAUUCCAUAACUUGGGUACUGGUCACUGUAUGGGAGAUUGUCGCACUGUGUUUCGCAGUCUGGAUCGCUACGAUACACUUCCGUGAAUUACGGCGCUCAUCGGCAGGGGGUUUUAUCGGGGACUGUUUUACGGUGUUGAUGAAAACUCAUUUACUUUACUUUGCGAGCUUUAUUCCCAUUUCUUGCUUCAAUCUUGCUUAUCUGUCCCCGAAGACCCCAGUGGAAUUAUAUUCCACGAAAUGCCACAUUUGGAUUGGUUUUCUUCAAGUUUGCUCACUAGCGGGGAAGUUUGUGCUGGGACCGCGCCUGGUCCUUGGCGUUCGAGAGUAUCACGCUAGGCUUGUGACCGACUCAGAUGUAGCAACUGGCAUGACUUCAAUGGUUUUCGAGGAGCGCGUGUAUGACGGGAAAUGCUCGGCAUGAUUAACACUUGUUGGGACUGCAGAGAACGAGUGAUCUUUUUUUGAUAUCCAUGUGUUACUGUACUUGGUGUUCUGAUGUGGACAAUCAUAUUUCACGACUCACUUGCACUAA